AUGAACGCACCCGAAAGGAAAAACCGAUUACCAGGUUUAAUUCUCAUAUUCAAACAUAAUCCAAACGAUACGAUGAAAGCAGACCACCGGGAGCUGCGAGCCGACUACACCAAGACCAUCAACGCCGCAGACGAAGACUCCAUGACUCGCCACGGUAAUAAGUUCACCUGGGACCUAGCCCGUUACACUGUCGCAGAAGAACUCGUCGUCUACCCAGCUAUCGAAUCCCACAUGGACCAUGGCAGCGUCAUCAUCAACCGUGACCGCGCUGAGAGCCAAAGGAUCAAGCAGCUACUCGCUGCCUUCCAGCCGCUCUCCGCCUCGGACGCCCAGUUUAGACCUACGCUGGACGAACUCAUGAACAAGAUGAACAUGCAUAUCGAGGAGGAAGAGGACGAAUACCUUCCUUCGUUGGAGGCAGUGCUGGAUCCAGGAGAGUCAGAGCAGUUGGCCCAGACGUUUGAAAGGACCAAGGUGUUGAUGCCGACGAGAAGUCAUCCAGACGCAGCGGUCGAGCAGCCUAUGUUUGAGACUGCAGUGGCCCUGGUACAGGCUCCUAUCGACCGUGUUGCGGACCUUAUAAGGCGAUUUCCAGAGGAGUAG